UCGUAAGUUUGAGGGCUUGUUUGUUUGAAAAGAAGGGAAGGAAAAAAAAAACAUGGGUAAGGGAGGAAUAUCUGGAGAGAACAUGGCAGCGUGGCUGCUUGGCGUGAAUGCUCUUAAAAUUCAACCAUUCCAUCUUCCUCCUCUUGGUCCCAACGAUGUUAGAGUUAGCAUGAAAGCUGUUGGUAUCUGUGGCAGUGAUGUUCAUUACCUCAAGAAAAUGCGAUGUGGAGACUUUGUUGUGAAUGAGCCGAUGGUGAUCGGACACGAGUGUGCAGGAGUCAUAGAAGAAGUUGGGAGUGAGGUGAAAUCAUUAAUGAAAGGUGACCGAGUGGCUUUGGAGCCUGGCAUCAGUUGCUGCAAAUGCAAUCGUUGCAAGGAAGGUCGUUACAAUCUGUGCCACGACAUGAAGUUCUUCGCUACUCCUCCCAUUCAUGGUUCUCUUGCCAAUCAGAUAGUGCAUCCUGCAAGUUUAUGCUUUAAGUUGCCUGAUAAUGUCAGCAUGGAGGAAGGAGCAAUGUGCGAGCCCCUCAGUGUCGGUGUGUAUGCUUGUUUCCGUGCUCAUAUUGGUCCUACAACCAACGUAUUGAUCAUUGGAGCGGGACCUAUAGGUCUGGUUACAAUGCUCGCUGCUCGUGCUUUUGGAGCCCCUAGAAUUGUGAUCGUAGAUGUGGAUGACCACCGCCUCUCUGUUGCCAAAGAUCUUGGUGCAGAUGGAGUCGUCAAAGUUUCAUCAAAUAUGCAGGAUGUGGGUAAAGAAGUAGAACAAAUUCGAAAAGCCAUGGGAGGUGAAGUGAGUGUGACCUUUGAUUGUGCUGGUUUUAGCAAAACCAUGUCGACAGCCUUGAGUGCCACAGCCUCUGGUGGCAAAGUUUGCCUCGUUGGAAUGGGACAUUGUGAAAUGACCGUCCCGCUCCCUCCCGCUGCUGCAAGGGAGGUUGACGUGGUUGGUAUUUUCCGAUAUAAAAACACAUGGCCAGUAUGUCUUGAAUUUCUGAGCAGCGGAAGGAUUGAUGUGAAGCCGCUGAUAACCCACAGAUUUGGAUUCUCCCAGAAGGAGGUGGAGGAAGCCUUUGAAACGAGUGCUCGUGGUGGCAAAGCCAUCAAAGUUAUGUUUAAUUUGUAGGGUGGCUGAGGAAGGUUUUUAUACUAGGAUAGUUUGAAUUAAGUUAGUUCGUAUAAAUAAUUGAUCAAUUCCUUAACUAUUUGAUUAGUUCAAUAAAAUUUUAAAUGUUAAAUCUUGCUAGUAGAGGUUGAAGAAACCUUUGAAACACAACCUAACUUGCAGUUAAGUAAUGAUAUGGGCCAAUCAAGAUAUUAUUUUACAAUAACUUCUCCAAUUAUACUUCAAAAUAAUUGGGCUCGUCAAGAAUAUUUCUACUCCUAUGCAAACUUUGUCCGACUUGUGUGAUUUUGAUGAUUUGAGUUA